AUGGAGCUCGCCUUUGUCCCCCCGGGCUCUGUCUCGGGUCCCCCGCCACUGCGCCGAACACCUGCGACCGGGCUUCUGGAGCCAAGUGCAAGGUCGCUAGGCUCUCGCUUUGCCGGGCUCUGCCCAGUGGCAGCAGCGCUCGCUGUUGUCGUGAAGCAGAGACUUCGUUCCGCAGUUUUCCGCUACAGCAAGCAGAACCAAGUUUUUGAGGUGCGUGCAGGCCGCAUCCGCCGCAAGCCAUCGCAAGAGAACCUGGACGACAACCGUGAGGAGUGGUUCAACUUCGACAAGGACCUGUCCGGCCUGAAAGAAAUCAUCCUGGGCUCGCCGUUGAAUUUGAUGCUGAUCUUCGCCCCCCUUGGCCUUGCCUCGGAGACUUUGGGCUGGGGCGAAGUGGCCACGUUUCUGCUGAGCUUUCUGGCCAUCGUCCCCUUGGCAAAGCUGCUCGGAGAAGCAACAGAGCAGCUCGCGCUUUCCGUCGGGCAGACCCUGGGAGGCCUCCUCAAUGCCACGUUUGGAAAUGCUGUGGAGAUGAUCAUCGCCAUCUUCGCUUUGCGGGAGGGCUUGACGGAGGUGGUCAAGGGGAGCUUGGUCGGGAGUAUCGUUUCGAACUUGCUGCUGGUGCUGGGCAUGUGCUUCUUCUGUGGCGGCCUAAAGUACAACACGCAGCGCUUUAGUCCAACAGGUGCCCGCGCUCAGUACUCCCUCCUCCUUCUGGCGGUCCUAGCUCUUGUGAUUCCCACGGUGGUGCUCCUGACCGGGGCUCGCCCAGACAGCGAGCUGCUCAUCUCCCGGGGUUGCGCAAUUGUUCUAGCCGUGCUGUACAUUUGCUACUUGGUCUUCCAGCUCUACACCCACAAGGAGCAAUUCGGCUCAGAGGCUAACGAGGAGGAGCCUGCCGAAGAGGAGCAGCCGAUGCUGUCCAAGGGCGCCUCUCUUGCUCUUCUGUUAAUCGCCACACUGAUUGUGGCUCCUCUUUCCGAAGGCCUGACAGGCUCCGUGGAGGGUGUGACGAAGACGCUGCAGCUUUCGGAUGCUUUCGUUGGAGUGAUCCUGCUGCCCAUUGUUGGCAACGCGGCAGAGCACCUCACUGCUGUGACUGUGGCCACCAAAGACAAGAUGGACCUCUCUUUGGGCGUGGCCCUGGGAAGUAGCACGCAGAUUGCUCUCUUCGUGGUGCCAUUUACGGUGAUUGUUGGAUGGUUCAUGGACGUCCCCAUGGAUCUAAACUUCAAGUCGCUGGAUGUGUCCAUCCUCCUGCUGACAGUGUUGAUUGUCGGGAGUACGAUCAGCGACGGAGAGUCGAACUGGCUGGAAGGAGCGGCUUUGAUUGGCGCCUACUUGCUGAUAGCUGUUUCGCUCUGGUACAUAUGA